AUGAUGAAAACAAGACAAGUACUGUUGAGUAAAGCCUCUCUUCAUCAUCACGUCAUUGCAAAGAGUUCCUUGUUGGUGGAAGCAUCAUCCAGAGGGAUGAUGGAAUCACGAAGAAACUUUUCUCAACAAUUGCAACAUUUGAGAAAACAAAAUGAAACGGUGAGUUCCGAGGCACCAGAAGAGACGAUUAGUGCUUCAAAUGAGUAUCAUCCAAGUUUAAAUGAUUUUGUUGCUUUCUGUAAAAGAAGAGGAUUUGCCUAUCAAGGAUCAUCACUUUAUGGUGGAUUGUCUGGAUCUUUUGAUUAUGGUCCUAUUGGCUCGCAGCUUAAAAAGAACCUCAAAGACUUGUGGUGGAAAGACUUUGUAGAACUUCGCAGAGACUGUGUUGGAAUUGAUACACCAAUUAUUCUUCAUCCCAAAGUAUGGGAAAAAUCUGGCCAUAUUGGAAACUUUACAGAUCCAUUAGUGACAUGCUUAACAUGCCACUCAAGAUUUGAAGUUGAGAACUUACUUAAAAGACAGCAAAAUCCAGCCUCCAUGGAAGUUAUUAGCAAAAUGGAAACAGCACAAGAAAAAAUUGCAUGGAUGAACAACAACUCUUCACAAGUGGAUUGCCCUUGUGACAAGAAGAGCAAUUCUUGGGAUAAAAUUCGAAAUUUCGAUAUGCUUUUCAAGACAAUGUAUGGACCAGUUGAAAAAGAAGAAAAUACAGCUUAUUUGAGACCAGAAACAGCACAGGGGAUUUUUAUUAAUUUUAAUAAUGUCAUUACCACAUCAAGAAAGAGAUUACCAUUAGGUAUUGGACAAAUUGGAAAAGCUUUCAGAAAUGAAAUUUCCCCAAGAGAUUUUAUUUUCAGAACUCGUGAAUUUGAACAGAUGGAACUUGAAUAUUUCUGUCAUCCAUCGACUUCCUCAGAUUAUUUCAAAUAUUGGGUGAACUUUUGUUAUGAAUGGCUGUUGAAAAUUGGAUUGAGGAAGGAAAAUGUGAGAAUUUAUACAAAGACCAAAGACUUGGCUCACUACUCCAAAGAAACAUCCGACAUUGAAUAUUUAUUCCCAUUUGGUUGGUCCGAAAUUUGGGGAAUUGCAAACAGAACUGAUUAUGAUCUACAGGCUCAUGCUCAACCAUCUAAAAAGAAAGAUAGACACACCUUUGAAUAUGUGGAUCCUCAAACCAACGAAAGAUAUGUUCCACACGUAGUUGAGCCAUCUGCUGGUGUGGAUCGUGUAUUGUUUGCCCUUCUCUAUGAUGCUUACAAUGUAGAGGAAGUUCCAGGCGAGGAAGAGAAGAGAGUAGUCUUGAAGAUCCAUCCAGAUCUUGCUCCUUACAAGUUUGCAGUUUUUCCACUUCAAAAGAAACCAGUUGAGUUGAUGCAAAAAGCUGAAGAAAUUUACAACAAGCUCUCAACAGUUGUAGCCACUGAUUAUGACGUUUCUCCAAGUAUUGGAGUUUUAUAUAGAAGACAUGACGAAAUUGGAACGCCUUAUUGUAUCACUGUUGACCACCAAACCUUAAAGGAUAAUACUGUCACAAUUAGAGAUAGGGACACCAUGAAGCAAAUCAGACUGAGCUGUGAUGAAUUAUUGAACAACCCUCAACAUCUUCUCAAGAACAGCCCAUUUCAAAGCGCUUGA